AUGGACAUCAUAUACGAACAGUGCUUUAAACAGCUCGAUUCAGAAGAUAAAGCACGUUUGGAACCGGUCGAUUUUCCCCUCACCGGUUUCUGUAAUGAAGUUGUAUUCCCAUUAGGGCAAAUCGCUUUCCCGGUGACUUUAUCAGAUGGUAAACAUUCACGAACAGUUACAGUCAAUUUCAUGGUCAUGCCAGCAACAUCACGACAUGAUGUUUUGCUCGGGAGAAGGUCACAAAGAGAAUUCAGCAUGAUCACUUCCAUUCCACAUGCUGCUUGUGGAUUUCCGACAGAAACCGGCGUUGCAAUUCUCUAUCCAAGCAAAGAAGUCAUGUCCGUGGACGACGAACCACCAGCAAAGGUAGUUAAACCUUCGGCACCAAACGAACCAGAGAAAUGGGUUCUGAACAACGAAUACCCAGAGCAGACCAUUCUGUUAGGACAAGCCAUUUCACCAGCAACACGCAUACAACUAAAAGAAUUGUUGUUUAACAACAAAGAUAUAUUUUCCUGGUGCCCAGCAGACAUGACUGGAGUUCCACGCGACAUCGCGCAACAUUGUCUAAACAUCAAACCAUCAGUAGAACCUGUUGCUCAGGGGAGGCGCAGCUUCAGUGAAGAAAAAGCAAAAGCGAUGGAUGAGCAAGUGACAGAGUUACUCAAUGCGGGAAUCUUGCGUGAAGUAAAAUACCAUACAUGGGUUGCUAACCCAGUGAUGGUACAAAAACAUAGCGGCGGAUGGAGAAUGUGUGACGAUUUGAAGGACCUAAACAAAGCAUGCCCCAAAGAUUGCUACGCACUCCCAGAGAUAGACAAAAAAGUCGACUCUCUGGCAUCAUUCAGAUGGAAAUGCUUUCUCGACUGUUAUAAGGGUUAUCACCAGGUCCAGAUGAAAAAAGAAGACGAAGACAAAACCGCGUUCCGCACAGAUAAAGGCAUCUACUGCUACACGAAAAUGCCGUUUGGUUUGCGCAACGCAGGCGCAACUUAUCAACGCCUAAUGGACACAGUCUUUAGCGAGGAUAUUGGCAAAACUGUCGAAGUAUACAUGGAUGACCUCGUCAUCAUGAGCCAUGAAGAAGAGACAAUGCUCGACAAUAUCCAGCGCACGUUCGAUUCCUUACGUAGCGUGAACUUAAAACUUAACCCAACAAAAUGCUCCUUCAGCAUGGAAGAAGGAAAAUUUUUGGGUUUUAUAGUUACAAGAGACGGCUUUAAGGUCAAUCCAGAAAAAGUGCAGGCCAUCCAGCUAAUGCCGUCACCUGCAACAGUCAAAGAAAUGCAAAGGCUCGCCGGACGAUUAGCAGCUCUGAACAGAUUCUUGGCUAAUCAUGUGGCAAAAUCUUAUCCAUUUAUCAGUACGCUGCGAAACUGCGGAAAGAAGACUCCUUUUCAAUGGACGCCAGAAGCAGAAGCAACAUUCAAGCAAAUGAAAGAAUGUUUAAUUCAGCUACCAACACUGACCGCGCCAAAAGAAAAAGAACCGUUAAUCUUAUAUCUGUCAGCCGCGGAAGUAGUGGUAGGCGCAGUGUUAAUGGUAGAACGGGAAAAUAUCCAGACUCCAAUCUACUAUAUCAGCAAAAUGCUCACUGGCCCCGAAACUCGUUACUCAAUGAUAGAGAAAUUGGUUCUAGCGUUAAUACACGCAUCCAGACGCUUACGCAGGUACUUCUCAGGCCAUGUCAUCACAGUUCUCACGAAUUAUCAUUUAGGCCAAAUCUUGUCAAAGCCUGACGUGGCGGGAAGAUUGGCUAAAUGGGCCAUUGAGCUGGGAGGUUACAACAUUUUUUACAGACCAAGACCCGCAAUCAAAGGGCAAGUUCUAGCAGACUUCGCCACUGAAGUUCCCAUCGAUAAAAUACAAGAAUGUGAGGCAAUUCAGAACCCAACACCUGUUUUCGACGACAGAGUCUGGACCUUACACACAAAUGGUGCUUCCAAUGAUGACGAAGCAUUUUUAGCAGGUCUCCGUCUAGCACUCAAAAUGGGGGCAAGAAACCUUGAAGCCAACGUUGACUCAAAGCUAGUAGCUGAACAAGUUAACGGUCGUUAUGAUGCAAAGGGGGAAGCUAUGGCGUUAUACCUUGAACAAGCGCGGAUGUUAAUCAGCCAAUUUCAAAGAUUCAAAGUCAAUCACAUAAACAGAAGCGAGAACAAGCACGCUGACGCGCUAAGCAAGUUAGCUGCUACCAGCUUUAAGCACUUAGCAAAGGAGGUACGCAUAGAGGUAUUAUCCAACCCUUCCAUUCAUCUCAAGCAAGUAAGCGUCAUAGAAAUGGGAGAUCCAUCAUGGAUGUCUCCAAUUAUUUUGUACCUUCAACACGGAAAACUUCCGGAAGGAAAGGCAGAAGCCCGAAAAAUACAACACAAAGCAAUAAACUACGAGAUGGCGGAUGGCGUCCUUUAUAGAAAAUCAUUCAUGGGCCCAUUACUACGCUGUGUUGAUAAAACAGACGCCCAAUACCUAGUCAGAGAAAUCCAUGAAGGAUUAUGCGGGAUACACGCGGGACCGCGCAUGGUCGUGGCAAAAAUAAUGAGCGCCGGAUACUACUGGCCAGGAAUGCACAUGGACGCAGUUGAUCUUUUAAGAAGAUGCGAGGCAUGUCAACGCCACGCACCAAAGACACUCCAACCCAAAAACCCACUAAUUCCCGUUACUUCCGCCUGGCCAUUCCAACAGUGGGGCAUUGAUCUUGUUGGCCCAUUUCCUGACGCACCAGGUGCAAUUUGGGUUACCAUUGCGCAUUAUUUCCGACAAUGGUACAAACUUCGCCGCGGAAGACUUCAAAAAUGGUUCAAAGAAAUGAAAAUCGAGCACAGCUUUGCCUCCGUUGCGCAUCCUCAAGCGAACGGUCAGGUAGAAAGCGUAAACAAACAAAUCGUUGACGGCAUAAAAGCGCGACUUGGGACAGCGCGCAGAGGGUGGGUUGACGAACUUCCCAGCAUACUUUGGGCGCAUCGAACAAUGCCAAAGACUAGCACCGGAGAAACUCCGUUCAGUCUAGUCUAUGGGUCCGAGGCUGUCAUUCCAGCUGAGAUAGGUUUACCAUCACCGUGCAUGUUAGCCAUGGAAAAACAGAGCAAUGAACAAGAGCGAAGAAUGGAUUUGGAUCUUCUGGAAGAGAGGCGCGAGAACGCUGCCAUAACGGAAGCAAGGUACAAAUCCAAGCUCGAAAAAUAUUACAAUGCGCGCGUCCGUGUUUGCACCUUUGUCCCCGGCGAUUUUGUCUUACGCGACAACGAGGCGUCAAACGCCGAAAAGCCCGGCAAAUUAGCGCCAAGGUGGGAAGGACCAUACGUCAUUAACGAGGUCUUAGGCAAGGGGGCAUAUACCCUAAAGAGGAUCGAUGGGACCCUAGUUCCCCGCACCUGGAACGCACAACAGUUGCGCAGGUGUUACAUAUGA